AUCGACUCCCCCAGAGCAGUGCAUGAGUAUUGAAAGAAGUCAUUGAAGUAUUCAAUGUGCAUGUAGCUAUACUGAGUAGCAAUGCAGACUAAGAGACAAUUUGUAGUGUUAGUGCUGGCUUGCAGUAUUGUACUGUUCUCUCAAGGAGCAAGAUGUUCUAACUUCUCACUCAAUAUAACUGUCAGGAGUAACUCACCCGUCAACUGUAGCACUGGGCUGACUUACCCUGGUCCUGCAUUUGUUAGAGUGGAGUAUCGAUGGCUGGAGAGGGUCAAUAACUUAUUGAUACCUGACCAGUGGAGCACUCUUGAAACAUUGACUACUGAUGCGGACUAUAAUGUAACUGGACACACUCUACACAGUUCUGGACAAGACAACGUUGAUUCUGUGCAGCUGAGAAUAGUACAGCCAGAACAUGGCGGUGGAUUGUGCAACUGCUGGGAAGUCAACAAACUGCUGGUUACAUUCGAUGGCAAUAGUUACUUUGAUCUCUUUAAUGAAGAAGGCAGCUGUAACAGCAGUCAACUCACAAUAAAUGGUGCCAGUCCUCUACAGUUCGGUGGAGGUAGGGCAGGGAAACCAAGGGGUGUGGUGUUCCGCCCUGUUAGGCUGCAGGAUAAUAGUACAACAGAAGAAUGUAAUGUGAUAGUCGAUGGUUCAGUUCUUGUUGAUAAGCAACCACCACCGAUGAAUUGCGAAACCAGUAACCCAAGAAUAGAGCUGUCAUAUGUGUUGGAUAUGGCCCCAGAUGGCUGUAACGAGAUUGAAAGAUAUAAUGAGGGUAUAGAGGUAUCGCUAGGCAAUUGGGACAGAGACGGCAAUUGGAUUCCUUUAGCGUACCAUGAUCAUAAAUUAUAUACUAAUAAUCCAACAUUCCGAAUCAGAGACUAUGAUGUUCCUUACUACAAUUCUACUGAAGUUCAGUCAUUCAAGAUAAGUGUGUGCGGAGAUGACUAUCUCAGAGAUGGACUGCAGAUAAGAUGGCUGCAACAUGUUUUUUUAGACACAGGUGUAAAGAGAGACGUAAUGACACUGGACAAUGUGUCUAUUAGCUUGAUUGUGAAUGAAACCAGCAUCAGUCUACUGGAGGAUGGAUUUAAUCAGGGAUAUUUGAGCUCAGCAAAUUGGAAUAAAGAGAUUAGAAAUGGCGGUGUAUCUACUGACUGCUCUGAUGGCUCUGAUGAUCACAAGAUAGUGUUUGGUCUCAACUGUACAACCUUCGGCUGUGAGUAUAAAACAACAGUCGCUAGUCGCAUAGCAACUACAGCCCCACUGAACAUCACUCAACUCUUUGAAAUGUUUAAUGGCAUUUCUAUCAACAAUUCAAGUGUAGAAAGUGAUCUAACCACAUCAACUGAAGAAGAGGUGACGGCAACUACCUCGGAUGUGACAACUGAAGAAGAGGUGACGUCAACUACCUCGGAUAUGACAACUGCAGAAGAGGUGACGCCAACUACCUCGGAUAUGACAACUGCAGAAAAGGGGACCUUAACUACCUACUCUACAAGCUCCAUUCAAGUGGCAUCAACACCAACAGCUCCAGUUACUUUCAGCAUUUAUUCAUCCUUGGUCGAAGAACUAGAAUCUGCUAUCUCAAAUGUUUUAAGCAUUAUAAAUGGAAGUGAAAAAUUGAGAGCAAUCCAGCAAAAACCUCCUGGUCAAGCAGCUACUUCUCUACGAGACUUGGUGAGGAAGGAUCCACAAGCUGUUGACCGGAUAGCUGUUAUGUAUCUGCUCUGUGAUAUGGUAAAUCGGGCGAGAGGUAUCAACGACAGCCAACAGUUUGGUCAGAUUGUUUUGGAAGUGAGUGAUGACUUGCUGGAACAAGCACUGAACACUAAUCAGUCCAGCGCCAUUGUCGGGAGUACACUGCUUGCUACCAUUGAGCAGCUGGCAUUUAAUGUGCUCUCUCUGACUAAAUACGGCCUUAGGACAUCAAAUAUUGAGCUGAUAGUCCAAGAGGUAGAACAAGAUGGGAACAACGACUCAUACUUCACUGGUAUUGAAACAACCAAUGGCUCCAUCCGAGUGCCCACUGAGUUAGUGAGGAUGAUGGGUAAUGGAACUGGACCAGUCACUGUGGCAUCAGUCUACUACAGGAACAUGAGUGGACUGUUGCCCGGGACUCUGCCGGGAGAGAGGAACACUGUGUUAGCAUCUCCAGUGGUCUCCACCAGUCUGCAGUGUGGGGACAAAAUCUGUGACACAGCCAACAUUCAGCUCAGUCAGCCAGUCAUUGUCACACUGAAACACUCCUCACAGUUGGCGCAGGAUAACAGCGAAACAAAGUGUGUUUUCUGGGAGUUCAUACUAGGAAGUGAGUCUCAGCUAGUCAAUGGAAGAUGGAAUACUACUGGCUGUGAGAGAAAUGACAAUCUCUCUAACUCCACACACACUGUGUGCGAGUGCACACAUCUCACUAACUUUGCCAUUCUCCUCAGCUCUCAGCCCAUAGUGGGAGGUGUGCAUGCAUUCGUACUGGGACUGAUUGGCUACAUUGGUGUAUCACUCUCUGUACUAGCCAUGCUAGCAACCAUUGUAGCAUUGGUAUACCUAAGGUCUCUCUGGAAUAUGCGUAACUACAUCCACAUCAACUUGUGUGCGAGUCUAAUUCUGGCACAGCUGAUGUUUGUGAGUGGGGUAACCCCUCACGGGGGAGGGGGUGUGGUGGAUCCUGGUUGUCGGACAGUAGCAGUUCUCAUGCACUACUUGUUACUGGUGUCCUUCAUGUGGAUGCUCAUGGAGGGGGUGGUCUUGUAUCUGGUCCUCGUCAAAGUCUUCGUAAAAGAGCAUGAACGGGAGUACAUUGUCGGCUUCACUAUUGUCAGCUAUGGUACCCCUGUACUGUACAUGGCCCUCUGUAUUCCGUUGGGCUUUGCUCUAUCUGGCUUGGAGGAUAGCUAUGGCUACCAGCUGAUCAACAGCAAUACAACCACCAUAGUCUGCUGGUUGAACUCCAACACUAAUUUUAUUCUGACGUUCAUCGUGCCAGUGGUGAUUAUUCUCUUGGUGAAUGUUGGCUUCUUUAUCAUGGCAAUAGUUAUCAUAUGUAGACACCAAAAGAGGCAAGGGAAGCGGCAGGAAAUGAGUUCUUGGUUGAAGUCGUCUGUGUCACUGGUCACUGUCAUGGGACUGACAUGGAUAACUGGUGUUCUGGUGUUCGACAUCCCUGCUCUACUUCCAGUGUCGUACAUCUUCACGAUCUUCGUUUCAUUCCAAGGAGUGGCCAUUUUUAUACUCUUUGUACCUCUCUCUAAGCCAGUGAGGGAUGCGUACUCCAAAUGGUGGAAGGAAAAGAUGGUAAAGCAUCAACGUCAAAACAUCAAGAGUACCACUCUCAUCAAUGUCAAUACCAGUGUUGCCUCUCCAUCCUUGGACAGUUCGUUGAAACUGGAGUCUAAUAACAACUCGACCAUGGAAAUGUCUAAGAAAGAGUCAGAGUUUGCCGAUGAGUGUGAAGGAAUUAUCUGAAGAAUGCAAUGAACGUUGUCAUAUACAAACCUAAUAAAUUUCAUGUUUGACUUUCAUAGCAGAUCGUUCUUUAUUACUAUACAAUGUAUAUUCCGUGUAAUUAUACUCUAUAAAAAAUAUAUAAAGUGUGGAAA